UGACGCCAGAGCUCCCCGAGUGUGAAGUCUCGCGGAGUGAAACACCGGCCAUUUUUCUCCAUUUAUAGCAGGACACUUUGUGCUGGGGUAGUGUAACAGCGAGUGUUACGAUCACUCUCAUACGCCUAUAAGUUUUGGCGAGUUGAAUUUAGUUUUCCAAGCAUCCAAACUUGCAUCAAACCGAGCACAAACCAUGUUUGUGUUUACCGCUGCAAAGUUUUUUCGCUGACACCCUUGUCCGGAUAGACGCUUGUCUAAACUGUCGCGCAAAUGGAAAUGGUGCCUAGCGAGGAGAACCAGUUCGUACCCAAAGAGGAUGUGUUUUGGAGUUGCAGACAGAGUAUUUUUGAUGAAAUGAAGAGGAUUUCUCAGAUCCAUAAUGCAGCUGAGGAGCCCCGGGUGUUGUGUAUUAUUCAAGAUAUCACCAGUGCAAAGACGGUGAACGAAAGGCUAACCCUCAACCUCCCUGCUUCUACUACCCUCUCCAAGCUUCAUGAAGAUGUCGCCCACAAAGCGGGAUAUGUGAACGGCACUUUUGACCUUGCUUGGGGCAACACACAGGACAUGGCACCACUGGACCAUAGCAGUGAGAUGUCCCUCUCAGAAUCUGGGUUUGAGCCUGGUAAGAAGAAUUUCCUCCAACUUACGGACAAAGAUGGAGAACAGCCCCAGGUGGCAUCAGAUGAGUCAGGAACAGCAGAUAGUAGUGGAUUGGAUGAUAGUUCCCAGGAGCGAUUUAUUGGGCCCCUACCAAGAGACAGCACUGCGGGCUGCAGUGGAGACUACAGCAGUCCAUCUUACUCCUACUCGUCCAUACUCAACAAAUCUGACACGGGUUAUGUGGGUCUGGUGAACCAAGCAAUGACCUGCUAUUUGAACAGUCUUCUACAAACGCUGUUCAUGACCCCAGAGUUCAGAAAUGCACUCUACAACUGGGAGUUUGAGGAGUCAGAGGAGGAUCCGGUCACCAGUAUCCCCUACCAGCUGCAAAGGCUGUUUGUUCUUUUGCAAACUAGUAAGAAACGGGCCAUUGAGACCACAGAUGUGACGCGCAGCUUUGGCUGGGACAGCAGUGAGGCUUGGCAACAGCAUGACGUCCAGGAGCUGUGCAGGGUCAUGUUUGAUGCCCUGGAGCAGAAGUGGAAGCAAACAGAACAGGCUGACUUGAUCAAUCAGUUGUACCAAGGGAAGCUGAAGGAUUAUGUCCGUUGUCUCGAAUGUGGCUAUGAGAGCUGGAGGAUUGAUACUUACCUGGACAUCCCUCUUGUGAUCCGGCCCUUUGGAGCCAGCCAGGCCUAUGGCAGUGUGGAGGAGGCUUUGCAGGCAUUCAUCCAGCCAGAAACUCUGGAUGGGCCCAACCAGUAUUUCUGUGAGCGCUGCAAAAAGAAAUGUGACGCCCGGAAGGGCCUGAGAUUUCUGCACUUUCCCUACCUGCUGACAUUACAGCUGAAAAGGUUUGAUUUUGACUACACCACUAUGCAUCGCAUCAAACUCAAUGACCGCAUGACUUUCCCUGAGGAGCUUGACAUGAGUCCAUUCAUUGAUGUGGAGGAUGAGAAGUCACCUCAGACAGAGAGUUGCACUGACAGUGGAGCAGAGAAUGAAGGCAGUUGCCACAGUGACCAGAUGAGCAACGAUUUUUCCACCGAUGACUGUGUGGAUGAGGGCAUCUGCUUGGACAGCACAAGCAGCAGCACAGAGAGGGUGUUGAAGCCAAAGAGUUUGCUGACCUUUGAGCUGUUCUCUGUUAUGGUCCAUUCUGGGAGCGCUGCAGGUGGCCACUACUACGCCUGCAUUAAAUCCUUCACCGAUGGCCAGUGGUACAGUUUCAAUGAUCAGCACGUCAGCAAGAUCACCCAGGAUGAUAUCAGGAAGACAUAUGGGGGGUCCUCAGGGAGCAGAGGCUAUUACUCCAGUGCCUUUGCAAGCUCUACAAAUGCAUAUAUGCUGAUUUAUAGACUGAAAGACCCCUCAAGGAAUGCGAAGUAUUUAGCUGUAGAAGACUUCCCAGAGCACAUAAAGAGUUUGGUUCAGAAAGAGAAAGAAUCUGAAGAGCAAGAAAAGCGACAGAGAGAGAUUGAACGCAACACUUGCAAGAUCAAGCUUUUCUGCAUGCAUCCUGUGAAGAUGAUGAUGGAGAGCAAGUUGGAAGUGCACAAGGAUAAAACUCUGAGAGAAGCAACCGAAAUGGCCUACAAGCUGAUGGAGCUGGAGGGAGUCGUCUCUCUGGACUGCUGUCGCUUGGUAAAAUAUGAUGAGUUCCAUGAAUACUUGGAGUGCUCAUAUGAGGGUGAGGAGGACACACCGAUGGGCCUCCUGCUGGGAGGAGUAAAGUCCUCUUACAUGUUUGACUUGCUGCUAGAGACGCGCAAGCCAGAGCAAGUGUUCCAGCCUUACAAACCUGGAGAGGUGAUGGUGAAGGUUCAUGUUGUUGAUCUGAAGACUGAGACCAUUGCCUCUCCAGUCAGUGUUCGAGCGUACUUGAACCAGACGAUCACUGAAUUCAAACAGCUUAUUGCACAGGCUACUGGGCUGUCUGCAGAAGCCAUGCGUGUGGUGUUGGAGCGCUGCUACAAUGACCUCCGACUCCUCUACGUCCCAAACAAGACACUGAAAGCUGAGGGGUUCUUCAGGAGUAAUAAGGUUUUUGUGGAGAGCUCAGAGUUGACAGAUCAUCAGGUGGCUUUCACUGACUCGCUCUUGUGGAAACUGUUGGAUCGUCACGGGAACACGAUCCGACUGUUGGUCUUAUUGCCUGAACAGUCUCCUGGUACCCUGGCCAACAGAACUCUUUGCCAAAAAGUAGGGAGUGACUCUGAUGCACCCUUUGAUGGCUCGAAGGGUAACAGGAAAUCUGUGGAGGCUAUCCUGGAGGAGAGCACAGAAAAGUUAAAGAAUCUGUCUCUGCAGCAGCAGCAGCAGCAGCAACAACAGCAGCAGGGCUCCAGCACCAGUGACAGCCAGAAAAGCUCUGACGCCAGCGACUUUGAACAUAUCGAAUCCCCAACCCAAGAGGCUGACUCAAACUCUUCACUCUGUGUGGCUGCAGACAACAGAGAGUUGGAAAACCGGAUCAGGGCCACACCUGCAGGCAGCGGUGGUGCCUCUGACCCUGAGAACCACUUUGCUUGUGAGGAGCGGUCGGACUCUGAGGUGAACAAUGACCGCAGCACCAGCUCAGUGGACAGUGACAUACUGAGCUCCAGCCACAGUAGUGAUACACUGUGUAAUGCAGACAGCGGCCCCAUCCAGCUGGCCAAUGGCCUAGACUCGCACAGCAUCACAAGUAGCCGACGCUCUAAAGCCCAUGAGGGCAAAAAGGAGACCUGGGACACGGCUGAAGAGGACUCUGGAACAGACAGCGAGUAUGACGACAAUGGAAAGAGCAAGGCAGAGGCUCAGUACCUUUACUUCAGAGCGGAGCCUUGUUCUCAAGAUGACUCUGCGUGGGAUGCACAAAAAUGUUUAGUGGUUCAUGUGGACAAGAGAAUAACAUUAGCAGCGUUUAAACAGAACCUGGAGCCCUACGUAGGAGUGACCUCAACCCAGUUCAAGGUGUUCCGGGUUUACGCCAACAACCAGGAGUUUGAGAGUGUACGACUCAAUGAAACACUCUCGUCGUUCUCCGACGAUAACAAGAUAACCAUUCGAUUAGGAAGAGCCUUGAAAAAGGGUGAAUACAGAGUUAAAGUGUACCAACUACUAGUGAAUGAACCAGAGCCCUGCAAGUUUCUUGUGGACACGGUAUUUGCCAAGGGUAUGACUGUCAGACAGUCCAAAGAGGAGCUGCUCCCUCAGUUGAAAGAGCAGUGUAAGCUUGACCUCAGCAUCGAUAGGGUUCGUCUCAGGAAAAAGACUUGGAAGAAUCCAGGCACAGUGUUUCUGGAUUACCAUGUCUAUGAGGAAGACAUCAGCAUUUCCUCCAACUGGGAGGUUUUCCUGGAAGUCCUUAAUGAACCAGAGAAGAUGAAGUCCAUGUCUCAGCUCGCAGUUCUGACUCGGAGAUGGAGUCCGGCUACGAUGAAGCUGGGUCCCUUUCAGGAGGUGAUUCUGGAGAGCAGCAGUGUAGAAGAACUGAAAGAGAAGCUCAGUGAAAUAAGUGAGAUUCCCCUUGAAAACCUGGAGUUUGCAAAGGGUAGAGGAACAUUUCCUUGUGAUAUUUCUGUGUUGGAGAUCCAUCAGGAUUUGGACUGGAAUCCUAAGGUGUCAACCCUUAAUGUGUGGCCUCUUUACAUCUGCGAUGAUGGCGCUGUGGUCUUCUACAGGGACAGCACAGAGGAACCUCUGGAGCUGUCGGAGGAUGAGCGCAAUGAGCUAAUGAAGAAGGAGAGCAGCCGCUUGCUCAAGACGGGCCACCGUGUCAGCUACUCGCCACGCAAGGAGAAGGCCCUCAAGAUCUAUCUGGACGGCGGCCCUGCCAAGGACCCGGGGCAGGACUGAGACGCAGACAACCGCUCUCUGUGAUUGGGAUCGUCUGGCUGCUGCUGCAAAAGCAACCAGGCUGUGGGACUCUGAACGUCAGGCCCAAUAGUGACUUGAAAUCAAGCAGCGCAGUGAGGCUGUCGCGCUCUCAACCUCCACUCUGAGCCCCAGGACUGGCUCAGAAUCCCUAUUGUGCACUAUAGUGUAUUGUACUGUAAAGUUUAAAGGGAAGUACAUACAGAAAACGAAUCAAAUACUGUACAGACAAAUCAAUUUAACAUAAAAGCUUCAGAGAAGGAUGCAGAGAUGUUCGGACUGCAACUGGCCUGGAGGGCCUCUGUUCUGUCUAUUUAAGUCUCCAGUCUCCUUUUACAUCAGGCUCUUUCACUCCUCCCUGUCACUGCGUCUUUGAUCUUCCUGUUAUUCAUCUGUGGCCGUCUGUGUCCAUGUGUAGACAAGUUUUGAGCACUGUAAGAAAUCAUCCUCAUUUUAUUUUGAUUACCUUCCUCUAGAACCUUAAAGACCAACAAUGCGUUCAACCGAGAACUACUUAGCCAGCCUUCCUCAGUCUCCGUCUCUGGGGAGACAAACCUCACGCUCUCAGUGACUUUCAAGUUCAAUUAUUCACUCACAAGAUUUAAUGUAUCAAAAAAGCAACAAUUAAGAAUUUGUAAACUAAAGGUUGUUUCUGAUUCACCAGUGCUCCUAUAGUGGCAGAGUAAUGUAUUAUGGGAUGUUCUUACUGCUGCUGUUUGUGCUUUAUAGGAGCGCUGCCUGUUAAAUCACUUCCACUAGAUGUAGUGAUACAUAGGCUUUUGGUUCUUUAAUACAAAGUACAAUGGAACUAAACCGAGUGGACUAUGUCAAGAAUUUCCUGGUUUUGCUGUAAAUUAUUGUUUUGCUCCAGACUUAAUUGUUCAGUUUGGUCUUGUGAGACACCAGGCACACAUCUGUUUUUCUGUAUUAACCUUUAAUUUAGAAAGUGGAUAUCUUUGUUUUUUUUCCUUUGCACCAUCAUGUGAACUGGGUGUACAUGUCUAUUGUCAUCCAGUUGUGUGUGUGUGGUGUUGUAUUGAGGGGAGGGAGCGCUCUGGAUUUUUGGCAGAGGACUUGGCUGGGUUGUUCUUUUUUUUGUUUUGUUUUUUUAUUUUUUUGUUGCGCUUCUACCUGCUGCUUGAUAGACUGACACCAGAUGGUGUAGAAAGCCUGCUGGACUCCCUCCUCAGUCUGCCUGUGGACUGACGCUCAGCAUCCCGGCCCACCCCCCCCUCCUGGGUAUCUGAUGCUGCCACCAGCUGUUCACUGUAGAAAUGCCAAUACCUGAAGAAAAUCUUUUCAUUUUGUUGUUGUUGUUUAUUUGUUUGAGAUUUCAGAUCCUGUGUGAAUAUAGGAUUUUAGAAAAUAAUUAAAUUGCUUUUUUUUUUUGAUAA